GGGAGAAGGGGUUGGACAGGAAACGGAGACGCCUAGAACGCACAUCAGUCCAGCUCGCGCGUCCCGAGGAAAGGAGCGACGUGAGUGUAUGUGUCACCGGGAAAAAAGCAAAGCAGACGACGGGAAGACAAGACAGUGAGACAGAGGGGGUGAGCGAGCAAGCGAGCUCAGAAAGCAAAGCCGAAUCCAGCGGUUGGUUUGCUCGAGGACUGUGAUUAGGAGUGUCCAGGAUCUAGAAGACCGGCUAAUAUCCCCCGAUUGUUGCCUGGAUUGUGGGUUUUUCCGUCGACCUCUCGAUUUUUUUUCUCUCAAAUCCUAUUUCGUCCCCGUAUUCCCUGGAAGCCGUGCGGCGGAGAAACUAAGGAUAAUUGACAUAUCGUAUAUUAAGGGCCAUUUCCAGUCAGCAGUUGGUGAGCUCUGUGGGGUAGUGGAACUCAACCAAAGAUGGAGCAGCUGUCGGAUGAUGAGCUGGACCAUGCUGCGGAGGAGGACAGCGAUAAGGAGGACCAGGACCUGGACAAGAUGUUCGGGGCCUGGCUCGGGGAGCUCGACAAACUCACACAGAGUCUGGAUGACGGCAAGCCGGAGGUUCAGAAGGUGCAGAAGGCUCCUCUCAGACAGGAGACCAACAUGGCCAACUUAACAUACAGAUUCUCCAUAUACAACAUCAACGAGGCACUAAACCAGGGAGACAGUGUGGACCUGGAUGCCCUCAUGGCAGACUUGUGCUCCAUAGAACAGGAGCUCAGCACCAUCAACAAGCCUUCAUCGUCCUCAUCCUCACGCCUCACACUGCCUGGAGACGUAAAGGUUCGUCAGAAGCCCCCAGCGGGCCGCAGCCAUAGUGUGAAGGGAGGAAGUCUGAGCGCGAGCAGUAGCACCCGCGUCUCCCCAGCCUCCACCGUCAGAGGCUCCGCCCCACAGUCCCGCCCCUCGCUGGCCUCCAACUUCUCAUUAGACGACAUCACAGCCCAGCUAGAGCGUGCCUCCCUCAGUAUGGACGAGGCUGCCAGACAGUCAGGAGGAGCCUCAGGAGGAGGAGGUGGCAGCAGUGGUGGCAGUUCCUCGUCCACGUCGCCCUACAGCAGCCUGCCUCCCGUGCUGCCCCUGGCUCCCCCGUCCUCCUCCACCUCCUCCGUGUCGCUGGGCUCCGCCACCCUCCACCGCCCCCCGGUGGUGCGGCAGCACCGGCGCACCGGCUCCGUGGGCGCCGUCACCGAACAGGAGGCCCGGUCGCUGACCAGGGCGGCGAGGGCCAGCUCGGGCGGCUCCACCUCGGCCAAUAGCAUGGAGGCGCUGGACGUGGGCGGGGCGGGGGUGGCAGAAGGGGGUGGUGGGAUAGGAGCGGGGCCGAGCUCGCCGUCGCCACUUCCUCUUUCGCUGGAGAUGGAGCAGCAGCUGAAGCUGAUUCCGGUGCAGAGGGAAGGACAACCGCCUAAUCAGCCCACCACAGAGCACUCCUAUCUGGACAGGGAGACCUCUCUGAUUCUGAGGAGUAUAGCGGGGAAACCCUCUCACCUGCUGACCAAGGAGGAGCAGGCGGCCAAGCUAAAGGCGGAGAAGAUUCGGGUGGCCCUGGAGAAAAUUAAAGAAGCGCAGGUCAAAAAGCUGGUGAUCCGCGUGCACUUAUCGGAUGAGAGCUCCAAGACCAUGAUGGUGGAUGAGAGGCAGACGGUGCGGCAGGUCCUGGACAGCCUAUUGGACAAGUCCCACUGUGGCUUCAGCCCUGAUUGGUCCCUGGUGGAGACCAUCAACGAACUGCAAAUGGAGCGGAUCUUUGAGGACCAUGAAAACCUGGUGGAGAACCUUCUGAACUGGACCCGAGACAGCCAGAACAAACUCAUGUUCAUAGAACGCAUCGAGAAGUACGCCGUCUUCAAAAACCCGCAGAACUACUUGUUGGGGCGGAAGGAGACAUGUGAGAUGGCUGACAGGAACAAAGAGGCGCUCCUCGAGGAGUGUUUUGGGGGCAGUUCUAUCUCGGUGCCUGAGAUGGAGGGGGUGAUGUGGCUGAAGGAGGACGGUAAGAAGUCCUGGAAGAAGAGAUACUUCCUGCUCCGAGCGUCCGGAAUCUACUACGUCCCCAAGGGCAAGGCCAAGACGUCCAGAGACCUGGUCUGCUUCCUACAGCUGGAGCAUGUGAACAUUUACUACGGUCUGGAUUACCGCAGCAAGUACAAGGCCCCUACAGACUACUGCAUGGUACUCAAGCAUCCUCAGAUCCAGAAGAAGUCUCAGUACAUCAAGUACCUGUGCUGUGAUGACGUCAGGUCUCUGCACCAAUGGGUCAACGGGAUUCGCAUCGCCAAGUACCAGAAGCAGUUGUAUGUGAACUACCAGGAGGCCAUGAAGAGGACGGAGGCGGCCUACGACUGGAGCUCCCUCUCCAGCUCCAGCAUCAAGUCCGGAUCCAGCUCCUCCAGCCUGCCAGAGUCCCAGUCCAACCACUCCAGCCAAUCAGAUAGUGGCGUGUCGGAGGGCACCUCGUCUGGCCAUGUACGUUCUCAGAGCGCAGUCAGCUCCAUCUUCUCAGAGGCCUGGAAGAGGGGCACACAGUCAGAUACAGACACCAAGGUGAGGGUGGAGUCGGCACGGGCCUCCUACCCUCUGCAGCUGCCACCCCUGUCCCACCACCACCACACGCUGCCCCACCCCACGCGCAGCAGCUACAGCGGGGGCGUCAGCAGCAGCACCCCCAACACCUCCACCAUCUCCAACAACGCUGAGUCCCCCCAGUCCUCCCCCUCCCCCCCCUCCCCUCCGCCUCCGCCGCCUCCGCCCCCCACCCUGACCAACCAGGCCUUCCACUCGCACUCCCCACCCACCACCUUUACCAAGUACAGCACCUUGGCCCGCCUCCAAAGCACCGGGUCCAGCUCUGGUGGACAGCACAAGCAGCAGCAGCAGACUCCACUUCCCAUCAUGCAACAGCAGCUACAGCAACAGCAGCAGCAGCAGCAGAUAGCCAUGAUGCUCCAGCAACAGCUGCAACAGCAACAGCAGCUGCAACAGCAGCAGCAGCUGCAACAGAUGCAGCCUCCCGCUCCUCCUCCCCAGUCCAUCAAGCCCCUCGCCCACAUGUCAAACAACAUGCAGCCUCAGCCGCCCCCUCCGCCGCCACCUCCGCCCCCACCCAUGCUCACCCCGGGCUCGGCUAUGGCCGUGCUGAAGAUGGGGCCACCCAGCCCGGGCUUGCCCGAGUUCGUGCCCCCUCCUCCGCAGGCCCAGGCUCCUCACCUCACCCAGCAGACGCAGCAGCUGAUGCCUCCACCACUUUCUUCUUCUUCUUCUUCUUCUGGUGGUUCUGUAUCUCCUCAGCAGCUCCAUCUGCAGGCGAACGGCAUGCCUCCACCACCGCCACCAACCGAGCAGCCCAAGUACCCGGGGCUCAGUGCCAACGGCCUGCAGCAGUUCCUGGCCCAGAAGUUCCCCAAUAUGAGCUACGACUUCGGGCCCGACGGUGUGGAUGGUAGUGCAGAUGACCUGGAUACCUGUCCCCCUCCACCACCACCACCACCACCUGAAACAUCCGCGUUCCCCACUCCUCCUCCGCAACAACAGGCUCCCGGUGGCGGUAGUGGCGGUCCCCCUCUCGCCCCGCCCAAGACCUUCACGGGGGUGUUCCCGAAGGCUGGUGUUGGCUCAGCAGUGGUGUCCCCCGUUUCCCCGACCCCCAUCUCUAUAAAGAAGCAACAGAGUCUGUCCGCGGGUGUGGGUGGUGGGGUGCACAGCCCCAACCAACCGCCCCCUACCCUGCCUAAGCAGCACAGCUUCCCAGGCAAGGCCCUCUCUCCAAUCCCGACCCCGACGGGCUCCUCGUCGCUGGUCAAGCAGAUCGUCAACCAGUUCCCCGGCUCUGGCUCUAGUCCACCAUGCCAGCAGGGGCCACUGUCCCCUCCGGCGGUCAAGGCCAAGCCCAAGUGGCAGCCGGGCCAAGGAGCCGGGGGGGUGCCCCAGUCCCCCGAGUUCCCGCCUCCCCCGCCGGAGACCACCCUGGACUUCCCGCUGCCACCACCACCGCCCCCUGCUGACCCGACGGCAUCCGCAGGCGGCAAGGGUGCCAACGCCGCCGGCUCGCCCAUCAAGAAGUCGCCGUCCUCCUCCUCCACCUCCUCCACCAACUCCACGGGGGGCAACAAGCGGCCUCCUCCCACUCCGCAGCGUGCCUCCAGCAUGCGGGGGAAUCCCCUCGGGGACCAGCAGGAAGGCGCCGCCCCCAAGAAGGUGGAGGACCUGGUCAGCAUGUUUGCCCAGCCCAGCCAGGGACCGGGCCAGGGACCCUUCUCCUCUUCCUCCAACAACUCGGCGGCCACUUCCCCUGCGCCGGGCUCCGUGUCUGGCUCUAACUCCCUCUCCACGCCGGCCUCCGCCUCUGGCUCUCCGUCCAAGGAGCCUGCCGCCCCGCGUGCCGCCAACCCCAAACCCGGCAAGAUCAACCUGGCCAACCUUCCGCUGGCGCUGCAGGGUCGGCAGUCCUCGGCGCCCGUGUCCAUCCCGGGUCAGCACCAGUACCAGUACAACCAGCAGCAGCAGCAGCAGCAGCAGCAGCAUGGGUACCAGUACCGACAGACCAGUUCGGAGUUUCCCUGUCCCCCUCCCCCGCAGCCUGCUGUCGACCCCGACUACUUCCCUCCGCCGCCCCCGGACUACGAGCUGCUGCCACCGCCGCCCCUGCCCGUGGAGCUGCAGAUGCAGAUGCACAACGCUGCCGCACCCAAGGUUGCCGUGGUGAACCCACAGCCUCAGCACCACCAACACCAUCACCACCACCAACAACAACAACAACAACAUGCACAGCAGCAUUACCACCAACAACAACAGCAACAACAACACCACAGCAACUCUUCCUGGAAGUCCAGCUCUCUGAAGAAGACUCCACCUCCCACGAUGCACCGGCGCAGCAGUGGGCCCGCGGAGACGCUGGCUCUCUCACCGCCCCCGCUCCAGCACCAACAGAUGCCCUUCGUCCCCACGCCCCAAGUACCCUUCCCUGGAGGAGGAGGAGGAGGAGGUGGGGGGUCUCAGGUGGCCCCCACCUCCCCGAAAGCGGCCACCAACUUCCAGCCCAACUUCCUGGAGGACCUGAACCGCACGCUCAAGAGGAAGUCCAUUUCGCGGCAGGGCUCGCUCUCGGCCGCGCGCGUCUCCUCCAAGAUGGAGCCCGUGACCACUAUGGACGACAUGGCGCUGCCUCCCCCGCCACCCGAACUCAUGCUGGAGCACCCCAGGAAGGGAGGAGGUGGAGGUGGUUACAACAUGUCUGCUGCCAACAUCUCAGGCUAUGCAACGCUGCGCAAAGGACCCAAGCCGGCACCACCCAAACGGGACCAGAACACCAAGCUCACGGGCGAGUGGUAGGGCUUGGACCAGGGGCGGAGCUAUAGGGGGGGCAAGCUCGGCAUAUGCCCAGGGGCCCUCCCAUAUUGGUGGUGGGGGCCCUAUUGUGACCUUGGUAGGCUGUACGGGGCUUUGCCCUGUGGCCCGGUGUGCAAUUGUUCCGCCACUGACCUGGACUUCAUAAGACCUGGGGGUUGGGUGGGUCUGGGUGGUGGUGGGUGUGGGGGGUUGGGUGUUGAACAUAAUUUGGGGUUGCCGGACAUUGCCGAUGGACUAAAUGUGCCCCAUCCGUCCCCCACCUCCAACACCCACAGUGGGGUUCUGUGGAGUUCUGUACAUGGUAGCCAUACCCACAUGCUAAGACUUAUAUUACGUAAAAGGAAGGAAAAAGAAAAAAAAAACACGACAACAAACUUCACAUAAUCCUCAGAUUAUAACAACAGUACAGUCGAUACAAGAAAAAUGAUCAUACAGUAUGUGGGGAACAAAGAGAAAUACAUGAAAAUAAUAAUAUAAAAAAAUGGCAAGCAAACCCAGCCAAUGUAUAAGCUUCUAGGCUAGUUAGCACUGCUUCGCAUUCAAAGAUAAGCCGUUAUACAAGUCAUGGGCUGUGUCCGAAACAGGAAAAAGAAAAUAAUGCUGCCUUGAAAGAGAGUGUUUUCUGGCAGUAAUUCCAUAAAAGGCUGCCUUCAAAGGUACCAUUUUCUUAAAUGACAUAUGCAUACACUAGAGCCAUUAUGCUCAUACUUGUUGAGGAACUAUCAGAGGACUGCACACAAUAUACAGCAUGUAUUGUGUAGGGGGCAGAUAGUGAACAAGGCUCUCAUUAAUAUUUUGCAUCAUUGUUUGACUCUUGAUUGGAAGAUUGCCCCUCACUGUAUUGUCAAUAUUGCACUAUGCACACACGUCUAUGUACAUUGUGUCAGGUGUGCGACCGCACCAAAAAUUGACAUAUAAUACACAUGGCAAUUCGUUCAUGAAUGUGCAUGAGCUCGUGUCUCUGGCUGCAAGCAAAUCCGGGGUGUUAAGGUUUGAGUCAGCACGUUCAUCAUACCUGCUUUUCCAAUCCCUCUCAAAUUUCUCCAGCUCCCAUAGAACUUUGUUUUAAAGAUACCACAAAGUAUUUUUGACAUCCUCAUGAGUAUUCAAAAUUCUGAGUUUUUGAAUUAUCCUCACAUAUAAACUGCAUGUGAGCGCAUUCCUCAAAACAGUUUUAGAUCGGCAACAUCUUGCCUGCUUGACUUAUUUAUCAGCGAAGGCAGCAAGGCAGCAGAUCACUUAGCUUUCCCAUUUCGGACACAGCCACCAUCUUAAAGGUACAGUUUGUAGGAUUGUGGUCAUAGUAGGCUUUGCCACUAUACUACCCGCUGCAGCUAUGCUGCCCAUUCCCAAAUUUGGUCUUUUCAUGAAUAGUUACUAAAUAAUAAAUCAAUGUUUACUACAGUAGUCUGACCAAAGUACAGUAUGUUUUGAAGCGUAAGAUGUGUAUUACUGAAAAUUCAAAAUGGCAGACAGGACACAGAGAAGAUUUCCCCAGUCGUAAUGAAUGCUAGCAAUUGAUGGUGGUGGAAAAUUCUCAUGAAACACAUAGCAUUUGUGAAUGGGCAGCAUAAGUUCUGGAAAUGAACUGCUAAAAAUAUGACAUACAUACUCUACCUUUAAAAGGAAAAAAAACUCUCUUUGCAAUAUUAUGGUACUGCAUGGGCUUCUGCUGUGGGGACGGGAAGGGGCAAGAUGUGUGUAUGUGCGUGUGUGUGUGUUUGCGUGCGUGUGUAUGUAAAAAGAUGUCAUUUGAACUUGUCAAGGGAGGGGAGGGAAACGUGUACUGACUUUGACUUUUUUAUAUGAAAUUAUUUAAUACCUGAAAUAUAUUCUUAUUUUAAGACUUAGUUUUCAAAACCCUUGAUGGCAAGCGUUAAAACGUAAACAGAGAUCGGGGUGGCCGAGGAAGUGUGUUUGUGUGUCUUGAGUGUGUGCAUGUGUGUGUGAACGUGUGUGUGUGUGUGUGAACGUGUGUAUGUGUGUGUGUGUAGCAGAGAGUGAGCGUUCAUCUCUCACACUCCCUGUUUCUCCGCCUCCCUACGUCCUGUAAUGUCACUCCUCCACUGUCUCUCGAUGACACUUCUCCGCCAUCUUGUCAUGCUGCCGAAAGAGGCCUCCAACCAACCACUUCCCCCCACGCGACAUGCUGGUCCUGGUGGUGGUGGUGGAGUUUGGACUGUUGCAUUUUUACUAUGUUACCAUGUGUUGUUUGUUUUUUAUUGGGUUAUUUAAAGAUGUUGAAAAAAAGAAAAGAUUUUUUUUAAAAGGAGUGAAGGACUGAAACAGUGUGGAGGGUUGGUGGUGGGGAACAGUGGUAUGGAACUGCCGACUGCUCCUCGGAAUCCUCACCAAUACUGGGCAGUGACCAUCGUCAUGGAAACUAGCCCUUUUCACUGUGACGUCAUACGUGUUCCGUUUAGAAGCACAGCAGGUAUAUACGACUUCCCGUUUCAGGCACCAAACAGUGUUGUGUAUAUGUAGAUGUCUAUGCUACCGGAAGAAAGUUAUGCCUGCUUCGAAUGCUACUUUGAACUGAACUUGUCUGACGUCACGUGGAAAAGGACCAUUGCCUGGGUCUCUCUUUACGUUGGUUACAUGGCUAUUAGCUGGCGCCUGGUUUUACCAUCCCCUCACAAUAAUUACCCUCCUACCGAAGGCCUGGAACUGUCGAAUAGAGAAGCAUUUAGUGGAGGAAGGGGCUCUUGACAUUUGACAUGCAUCCUAUUUCAGCCAAUUGCUAACAUUUGAUCACAACUUUGGUUAUUGAUUGGAGGGGUGAACUCUGUUGAUGUUUGAAAUGUACAACCCCCCCCUUCACUGAUUAGCCGGUUGUCAGGGACCAAACCCCUCCCAGAACUCCAGCUCCAGACCCUCUGCACGAGUGAAUUAAGUACGAGGGGAUGUUAAAAGCAGGCCAGCUUACCUGUACAUAGAGUCUCUGUUCCUGGCUUUAAAUGGCUACCUGAUGACUGGCGCCCCCUGGGUCCUAGGCUCCCCCAGACACACCUGAGAAGGGAGCACACUGCAGCACGCCAAACCACCGCUGGCUGCCAGUGUCUGAAAACAAUGGCAACAAUCAUUACAACAAUAAUAAAAAUCAUCAGUAAAAUAAUCCAAAAUAAACUUAAUCUCCAACUCUAGAAUAACAAGCCAUCUACAGUGACAUUUUUCGGAGCAUUGUAUUCCACUUCUGUCUGAUUGAUUUUUCUGGUUGCUUGUUUGUUUGGUUGUUUAUCUGUGAAAACUGCCUGAACAGAAACGUGAUCUGCGCACAUACAGUAAUGGCAAAAUGUUGCACAAAUUUCUAGACGUCGUCAUCGGUGCUUGUGUGGGUCCACCGUGUGCCUCAUAUAUAGCGAUCACUGUCUCUCUCUUUCUCUUUCGCUUUCUCUUUCUCUUUCUCUUUCGCUUUCUCUCUCUCUCUUUCCCUCUCUAUCUUUGUGUCAGCCGUUUUACAGAUCUAUCACACAGUAAUUCUGGUUUAGUUUUCAGAACAAGGAUGUGUAAUGGUGCUAAGCAUCAAGGCUUUGUUUUUAGCCAAUCAAGACUGUGUGACAGCCCAUGUUGCUAUGGAAACCAGAGUGGCCAUGGAACGCCAUGUUGCCACGGAAAGCCAGGAACACGUUAUGACAAUACACCGGAAAAUAAAUGUCUGUUGCAUUUAAAUAGAACAAUAUAAAUGUUUAAAUCAUG